AACAAAACCAACGGUGCGCUCCGCAGUAUCAGCACAUCCAGCAUCAGCUGAGAUUGUAGAUGACAGAGUCCAGAAAGGAGAGAGGACCCAGAGGAACAAUAAUCAUUAUUAGUAUUACUAUUACAGAGUGUUCUUAACUCGUGUCUGUAGCUCGGAGACUUAUUCUAGUGUUUUAAGAAAUGGAAGAUUUGGGAAAAGUCUUCAACGAUUCACAGGUCUUCGUGUUUAACUUGUCUUCAUGAAGUGGAGCGGGACGUUUAGGCGCGUUUUUGGACUUCUCCGGUGUUUCUGUGCGUGCGAUGAAAAACCCCUACAAUGAUUUUGGCAGUCAAUUAAUUAUGGGCGCGCACAUCCUGGAGUCCAACUCCAGCGGCAACUUGACGCCUGCGGUGUCGGAAGCUGGGGCUGUCCUGCCGGGCUACCUGGUGGUGAUCUUAUCGGUACUUAUGGUGACUCUGGUUGUCGUUGUUGUGGCAGGGAACGCACUGGUCAUCAUGGCUUUUAUUGUGGACAAAACCCUGAGAAAUCAAAGCAACUACUUCUUUUUGAACCUUGCUAUAUCCGAUUUUCUAGUGGGUUUCCUGGAACUGCGUCUUGUCGCUAAUUUUCUGCCGCAUGUAAUGCAUCUUACACCCAGAAACUGUGAAGGUGCCUUUUGCAUCCCGGUGUACAUCCCCUAUAACCUGACCGGCAGGUGGAUGCUGGGCAAAGGGCUCUGCAAAGUGUGGCUGGUCAUGGAUUACCUCCUUUGCUCAGCCUCUGUCUUCAACAUUGUCCUUAUUAGUUAUGAUCGCUUCCUGUCAGUCACAAGAGCGGUUAAAUACAGAGCUCAGAGGAACAUGACCCACCAGGCUGUUUUCAAGAUGGUGGCGGUGUGGGUGCUGGCCUUCCUCCUUUACGGCCCUGCCAUCAUCUUCUGGGAAACGAUCGUCGGCUACAGCAUUGUCCCGGCCCACGAGUGCUAUGCUGAGUUUUAUUUCACCUGGUACUUCCUGCUGAGCGCGUCUACCUUUGAGUUCUUCACCCCGUUUGUGUCGGUGGCCUUUUUCAACCUCAGCAUCUAUCUCAACAUCCAUCGCAGGAAUAAGAGUGGGGCUGCCUGUGCUGAAGACAAUGCCAAGCCUCAGAAGAACAAUGAGAAGCAUAAAGAUGGAGCCAGCUGGUCCGUGUUUUUUGUCAAGACUCGGAAGGUGAUGUCAAGCGAGCCUGUUGCGAUCUCUGCGGUCAUCGAAGAUGACGACAUCUUGUCUCCCUCCUCCAGCGGGGAGCCUAACGCCAGUCAGAUAUUAAUGCAGCGAGAGAAGUUCUCUCCGCACAGAAAAAACUCCAGGUUGUUUCAGCACACGGCCUCCUGCAUGGUGCCUGGCCGUAGGACACCGGGAUCUCGGCUUUCCAGAGACAAAAAGAUUGCUAAAUCUUUAGCCAUUAUAGUCUGCAUUUUUGGGAUAUGCUGGGCUCCGUACACUCUACUGAUGAUUAUCCGUGCCGCCUGUAGCGGUAAAUGUGUGGCGAACUACUGGUACGAGAUUACCUUCUGGCUUCUGUGGCUGAACUCUGCCAUCAACCCGUUCUUGUACCCUGUGUGCCACAGCAGCUUUCGAAGGGCUUUCUCAAAGAUACUGUGCCCUAAAAGACAAUCAGUUCAACCACAGAUUGAAGUUCAGUCUUGUUAGAUGAACUCAAAUGAACUUGCAUAUUUUAUGAAUGGAGUAAAUGUUGCUGAACACUGUAAAAAAUCCAUUUGAUGUUCUUCUAUAAAAAAAAAAAGGCCAGUUUUCAAAAAUUAGGUAAAUGUUUGCAUUUAAAUGAGGAUUGUAACAUACCUGACAGCAAUACGAUGACACAACACAGCUGAAAAUAGCACAACAUAAUAUUCUUAUGGGCAGAACAAUAGACUCUUGUAGUACCAUUGGAUAAAUCUGCCCACGAUUAAACCACCUCUCAAAGCCAGUUUCAGAUUUUUCUAAUGUUGUUCUUGUUCAUUUUAAAACCUUCACACAUUCCCUCUAAGAAGGCUGCAGAAGGCUGUGAAAUGAUGGCAUAUGCAGUCUUAAAGAAGGUAAUUACCAUAAUUUAGUCUAAGAUAUCACACAUAUAUGAGAACUACUGAUCACCAGGUUGUUAAAUUGUGUUCUGUCUGAAUGGAAGCACGACGCAGACAGAAAUGACAUCUUCACCCAGCAUCCAAUUUCAUAGCGGCCACCGUGAGAACAUUUCAACUUCUAUUUAGAUGAAGCUGAUGUGAAGCAAGAACUCAAUGGUCUUUUGAUGGUUUCAGAAUAUAUCUGCACAUGAAACCCUUUCAUGUUACAGUUUCAAAUAUACAGCUGCAAGUUUGACUUUAUGCUCAUGCCCCUAAAAACUAUACAAUGCAAAUCAUGCAGCGAUAGACUCACAAAUGCAGAGUCCUCCAUGUUUAAAGCACUAGAAAAGAAGACAAGAGUGUGCUUACUGACCAAUGAGUGUACUUUUAUCAAAGUAAUUCUAAAUAUUUUAUAGUUUUAAUCUUAUGGCAAGGAAAUCUACCUGACAUCUGUCAAAAUGUUAAGAAAAUGUCAAAGCAAAAUGUGAAGCACAAUGAAAAGAGAGCUGAUUUAAAACUUAUGUACAAUAAGAUCAAUGUCAGGCCAGAUGGCUGAGUUAAUUAUUUAUUUCAAGGCUCGACUGGUUUACCUAAAACUGUUUUCACACAUGCAGUGCAGUCUUGAAUUUUUGCCGAAAGGUACAUGCAAGGAUUUGCUUGUAAGACUCAGUGGAACAUUAAACAGUUUUUCCUUGAUGCAAAGCCUGCGUGAUGUCUGACUGAGCUCAUGUGCGAGCAGAAAAACGAAUCGUCCAGCGAAUUCAUGAUUCAGGGAAUCAUCGUGUUCUGCCUCCCUCUCGCUGAACCCAGACAGCUCGCCUGCCUUAACCAAACAAAGUAUUUCCAGGAGUGAGAAAGAGUCUGACUGUCUCCUGUUGUGUUCUACAAAGGAGAAAGAACACUUUUGAAUAAUAAUAUGACCUGAUUCUCCCAACAUAGUGCAGACAUGUGAAAACCGCAUAUUUGAUUACUUUGUGUAUUGGUUAUGAAUCUGUGCAGCUGUAAGUCAGAUGAAAAAAAUAAAAUAAAAUAAAAG